UGAUCAACAAUCAAGCUUCUUUCAUUUUAAACUUAGACAAGGAGUUGAUAAUUUACAUUUAUUCUUAUUUAUCUAUACUCCGUAUUGAUUUGGCAAUUGACUCCCAGUCCUCCACUCGCCAUCUCAAGAAGAAACCCAACAUCUCCACUCGUUAUCAUGGACAGCCCACUUCUCUCCCCCGCAAAGGCACGACAACAAGCGAUCCAGGCCAAGGACUGGGCCUACGUGAACUCCUGGCUGAGUCGUCAAUAUGCUCCAAAGCCUGUUCCUCAAUUCGAGCGAAACGAAGAUACCCUGAGAACUCUACUGGCUUUGGCUGCUGCCAACGACGCAGCCGACGAAGAGGCAGCAUUGUUACAUCGCGCGCGCGAGGAAGCAGUGCAAGGAUUUAAAGCCAGAGAAGAGAAAGAAGAACAACAAAAGAAGGAAAUCCUAGAUGAAAUGGAACUUUGUCUGGACGAAAAUGGGAGACGGGAUCUCAACGACUUAGCGGAAACAACGGCUAUACUGGGAACGUUGGGCACGGAGAACAGAGAUCUAGGCCAGUCUAUCAUUGAAUUGACCAGGGAUGAAUUUGAUGCUCAGGAGCAGGUUUUUAAAGUGGAUAUGCUACGGAAAUAUUUGGAGACAGAAUUGGCGACGCUACAGCAACAACUCGAAGAGCUCAGAACCGAUAAAGCAUAUGAGAUGUCUCCCAAUCUUCCGGCGCUGACAGCAGAAUGGACUCGCAGUACAAAGCUGCUAAGCGCAAAGGUUAGAGAAUACCAGGACAGGAUUGCGUCUCUUGAGAGAAAUAAACCCAAAGGACCAACGAUCGAGGAACUGGUUGUGGAUGAAGAGGGCGUGAUCAAACUCAGGGAAUUGGUCAAGACACUUGAGACUAGAAUCAAAUUGCUUCACGACUUACCCAAGGAUGUACCGGAGGCGAAAACGCAAUACAAAAAGCUAGAACGUGAACUCGUCGAGCUUACCGAGGAACGAGAUACGAUGCAUGAAAAUCUAGGUGGCAAGAAAUGAGACGGGAAGUCACAAUGCAUCUGAAUAUGAUGUUUGAUAUUUCAUUCAUUAAGUACAUUAACAUCCAUAAUAAUAAUAAAGAUACAGGACGACCUAUGAACUGGUAUCGUUGAACUCGUCAUGAAUCAUGAUCGCACACUAGGCCAUGCUCAAUGAAUCCUUUCCAGCAUUAAUCAAUCUAGUGGUCACCAAGGCCGACUGCGUUCUUGGCCUUGUCAAAGCUAUAACGAAGUAUUAGAUUAGCACAUGAGCAAAUUCACCAUCAUCGCUAUAUCAGACUUACAGUGACUCAGAGGCUCCGCCAUUGUUGUUGUCCUUGGCACGCUGUGCGCGAUCGAAGGCCUCCUGGGUGGAAGACUUGCUAUCGUCAGGCUGCAAUCCACGAGUGACACGCUCUUUGGCGUCAGUAGCAGUCUCGGAGAUCUUGUCCUGGGUGGACUUGGUAGAGUCAGGAGUGAUCUCCUCCUUGGCCU